AUGAUGCUCGCCAAAACCUUCUUGGUCGCCGUCCUCGGUGCCUCUGCGGCCAACGCCCACAUGCUCAUGACUCACCCCGUCCCUUAUGGCAAGGACUCCCUUAACAACUCGCCUUUGGAGGCAGAGGGUGGUGACUUCCCCUGCAAGCUUCGAGGUGACACCUACACUGUGACGACGGAAAACAUCAUGGAGAGUGGCAGUCGUCAGCAGCUCCACCUUCAGGGCCAGGCCACUCAUGGUGGUGGCUCGUGCCAGAUCAGCUUGACCGAGGAUCGGGCCCCCAGCAAGUCAACUACCUGGAAGGUCAUCCAGUCCAUCGAAGGCGGCUGCCCUGCUAACGUUGACGGCAACAUGGGCGGUGAUGCCAGUGCUGCGGACCCUACUUUCUUCAACUACACAAUCCCCACGGAUUUCGCCCCCGGCAAGUACACUCUCGCCUGGACCUGGUUCAACCGUAUCGGCAACCGUGAGAUGUACAUGAACUGUGCUCCUGUCACUAUCACAAACUCUGCAGCCAAGCGAUCCAACAGAGUGCCCGUCGUCGAGAAGCGCACUGCCAACUACCCACCAAUGUUCGUUGCCAACGUCAACGGCUGCACUACGAAGGAGGGUAUUGAUAUUCGUUUCCCUCAGCCUGGUACCGCUGUUGAUUACAACGGCCAGCCCGCCAACCUUGCCCCCGAGGGUGAGGCCGCUUGUUCCGGUACCCCCAAGUUUGGCGGUGAUGGUAACACUAGCUCUGGGUCAUCUGGCUCGUCUGGUUCCGGCUCCGGAUCCUCCUCGUCGUCGUCCACCGCGGCGGGCAGCGCUCCUACUGAGACUUCAACCCAGGCUGGCUCUCCCGUCCCUACCUCCACCAGUGCUCCAGUUGAGACCUCUGUCCCCGGCAUCCCUCAACCGGCUGUCUCCACAACUGCUCCAGUCGCCCCCUCGUCCUCCAGCUCGGGUGACUCGGGUGCUCUGACUGGUUCCUGCAGCCCCGAGGGUGCUUGGAAUUGCGUCGCUGGUAGCUCCUUCCAGCGCUGUGCCAACGGACAGUGGACUCCUACUCAGAAUAUGGCCACCGGUACUCAGUGCACCGCUGGUAAGAGCGCCGACCUCACUAUCUCUGCCGUCAAGGCUGCCCGUGAGGUCUCCGCAAUGCGCUUCCGGAAGCGUUUCAUCGGUGACUCCCACCAUGCUUGA